AAUCAAAUUUGGGAGGAAAGAAGUAUUAGAAUGGAAUGGCCUCUUACAAAAACAAAUACUAAAAAAAAGACGUACUAGAGGAGAGGGCAUAUUAUGAAAGGAAACUUCACAAGUUGAGAAUUCUAUUCUUUGCAAUACUCUCUAAUUCUUUGUGUGCAAUAAACAUAUGCGUCCAUCUCGAUUAUAUCAUGAUUUAACCUUUUUUACCGGAAUGUCCAAAAUUGAGGAGAGUAUUUCUACCAGAAAUCAUCAACACUGAAAAGUAAAAUUCGAAACCCAAGAAACAGAUUUACAAGGAUGAAAAGGGAAGGUUAAAAAAAAAAGUAAAGUAAGGAACCAACUCCAGCGCCCACGAAUUAGUCAAAAUACAAAUAUAUUUCUUUAAAGAAAAAAGAAAUGAAACAAUAAAAGAAGAAAUUGCUACCCAUUUCUCUCUCUCUCUCUCUCUCUCAUCAAUCAUCCAACGGCCUCUCUCGCACGCACCAUGAAACCAUGACGGCAUUCUCAGAGCAUCACCGUCCACCUCAUCAGCAGUCGCCCCCACCCCCGCCGCAGAAACAGCCGAAGAAAGUCCGGAAACUCGCCGUUGAGGUAAAAAACGCCCGGAAACUCUCUCCAAGGGAUGGGCAGGGCAGUGCGAGCCCAUUCGCAGUCGUGGAAUUCGGGGGCCAAACGAAGCCCACCAAUACAGUACCGAAGAGCUUGGCUCCCGAAUGGGAGGAAUUGCUCGAGUUCACCAUCCAGGAUCCCGACGAGAUGGAACAGGCAGAUCUCUUGAUCACGGUGCGCAGUAACAAGGAUUUCUACAAUGGGAAAGCCACCGAUGAUCCCAUCAUCGGGAAAGUCCGGUUGAAAGGAAGCCGCGCCGCGAGGCGAGGGGAGGAGGCACUGGUAUACUAUCCGAUUGAGAAGAAGACUUUCUGGGGCACGCAGAUUCGAGGCGAAAUUGGGUUGAGGAUUUAUUACUACGACGACGAGGAGGAGGAAGAGACGGUUCCAGCGGAGGAGCCGCCGCAGGAGCACCAGGCGCCAGACAAGAAGGAGGAACUGAGGGAUUUGCCUGCAGCGGUGAUGCUAGAUGACGUAAGGCCAAGGAUGAUGGAAAUCCCUCCUCCAGCUGCUGAUUCUUUGUCCGAUGAUGGGCGAGAAUCAUCUCCGCCCAUUGUCACCGUUGAGGACUCUCCCCAGUUUAGGAAUAUUCCGCCGCCGGUUGAGUACCAACAGCAUUACGAAAUGGUUAACAUGCCUCCGCCGUUCGAACACCAUCCUCCCCCACCUGAAUUGAAGAGGAUGCAGGCGGGGAGAGUUGGGGACAGGGUUAAGGUCUUGACGCGCCAGAAAGGCGGGGAGCUUUCGCCCAGAGCGAUCGCCGGUAAGUUGCCGGAAAAGUCGGAGAAGAACUCUGCGUACGAUCUGGUCGAGCAGAUGCAAUACUUGUUCGUGAAAAUAGUCAAAGCUCGCGGGAUCGCUCCUAGCGAGACCCCGAUCGCCAAGAUUAGAACGUCUGCCGGAGGUGUAUUUGCUCUCAGCCACAAGCAAAACGGGUCAAGCUCCACCCUGGAGAUUUCAAUUUGGGACGGUUCGUCAGGGCAGUUUCUGGGCGGCGUUUGCUUCGAUCUCUCCGACGUUCCAGUCCGCAACCCACCUGAUAUUCCAUUAGCUCCGCAGUGGUACCGCCUCGAGGCCGGUGAUUCCGUUGAACCCAACAAGGUCGCCGGCGACAUCCAGCUUUCUGUAUGGAUCGGGACUCAAGCAGACGAAGCAUUUCCCGAAUCCUUGAGUUCAAAUGAACCGCCGGUGGCUCACACGCGCCCCAAGGUUUACCAGUCUCCCAAGCUGUGGUAUUUCAGAGUGACCGUCAUCGAAGCACAGGAUCUCCCCAUUCCUCCCAAUCUGCCGCCGUUGACUAAGCCGGACAUUCGGGUCAAAGCACAGCUAGGGUUCCAGUCCAUACGGACCCGGAGCGGGUCAUUGAACGCCAACAGCUCGGCGUUCCACUGGAACGAGGACAUCGUCUUCGUCGCCGGCGAGCCACUGGAAGAUAGCCUGAUUCUGCUCGUGGAGGACCGGACGGGGAUGGAUCCCAUACUUCUCGGCCACAUCGUAGUUCCCAUGAACUCGGUCCCGCAACGGCUGGACGAACGCCUCGUGCCGGCGAAAUGGUACGGAUUGGAAGGCGGCAGCGAGGGACCCGGUGGGCCAUACAUGGGCAGGCUGAAUUUAAGGGCGUGUUUGGAAGGGGGGUAUCACGUCCACGACGAAGCAGCCCACCUGUGCAGUGAUUUCAGGCCCACGGCCAAACAGCUAUGGAAACCCGCUAUUGGAACUCUGGAGCUGGGAAUUCUUGGAGCCCGCGGGUUGAUGCCCAUCAAGUCCAAUGGCCCAGGAGCCAAAGGAUCCACCGACGCCUACUGCAUCGCGAAGUACGGCCCGAAAUGGGUCCGGACCCGGACCAUAAUGGACUGCUUCGACCCACGGUGGAACGAGCAGUACACGUGGCAAGUCUACGACCCUUGUACGGUUCUCGCCAUCGGCGUCUUCGACAACUGGCGCAUGUUCGCCACCGGUGACGGGGAGGAGAUCGCGGCCGACUACAAGAUUGGCAAAAUACACCUAAGGGUGUCGACGUUGGAGGUCGACAAGGUGUACACCAGUUCGUACCCGUUGCUCGUCCUGUCCCGGACCGGGUUGAAGAAAAUGGGGGAAAUCGAGCUGGCGGUCCGUUUUUCUUCCCCGGCUAUGCUGCCGGACUUGUGCACGAUUUACGGACAGCCAUUACUGCCACGCAUGCACUAUCUUCGCCCGCUAGGGGUGGCUCAACAAGAGGCGCUACGUGGGGCCGCCAUUAAAAUGGUGGCUGCUUGGCUGGCCCGGUCUGAGCCACCGUUGGGGAGCGAGGUGGUCCGGUACAUGUUGGAUGCGGACUCGCAUAACUGGAGCAUGAGGAAGAGCAAGGCUAAUUGGUUUCGGAUCGUAGCGGUUUUGUCUUGGGUCGUCGGGUUGGCUAAAUGGUUAGACAGUAUCCGGAGGUGGAGGAACCCGAUCACGACCAUUCUGGUUCAUAUUCUCUACUUGGUUCUGGUAUGGUACCCGGACAUGGUUGUCCCGACAGGGUGCCUGUACGUGUUGUUGAUCGCAGUGUGGUACUACCGCUUCCGGCCCAAAAUACCAGCGGGUAAGGAUACCAGGGUGUCGCAAGCCCAGACAGUGGACCCGGACGAAUGGGACGAGGAAUUCGACACCAUACCGAGUUCAAGACCACCGGAAGUGGUGCACGCCCGGUAUGACCGGAUGAGGAUAUUGGCAGCAAGAGUCCAAACAGUGUUGGGUGAUUUUGCAACACAGGGAGAGAGGUUGCAGGCACUGGUGACCUGGAGAGACCCUGCAGCCACAAAGAUGUUUAUAGUGGUGGGAUUAGCAGUUACCAUAGUGUUGUACUUGGUGCCGGCAAAGAUGGUGGCGGUGGCGCUGGGGUUCUACUUCCUCCGCCACCCCAUGUUCAGGGACCCUAUGCCACCGCCCACCCUCAACUUCUUUAGAAGGCUCCCCAGCUUGUCCGAUCGUUUGCUCUAGUUACAACAUACCAGUAGCAGCAGUGUGCACAAUUAGGACAAACAAACACGACUUUGUUGAAGAUGGAGAUUUUACAGCGACCACACAUUUUUUUUUCUUUUCCCAACGUGUUUCUUUUGCUUCGUAUUAAUGCAAAAAAAAAAUAAAAUAGAGAAGAGAGGAGCAAAAUUUGUCCUGGAUUUAAGGGCAGAUUUGAAAUGACAUUAAUUCUGUCGUCAA